CUCCAGGGCUGCCGGGGCCCCUCGCCUUCUGCCCGGCACUCCAGGGCCACGGGUGCCCCCCAGCCGCAGCUCCCGAGCCUGCUUCGCCGGUUCUAAGACAAGAUGCCGUCGGGCUUCCAGCAGAUCGGCUCUGAAGAUGGAGAACCUCCUCAACAGCGAGUGACUGGGACCCUGGUCCUUGCUGUAUUCUCAGCUGUGCUUGGCUCCUUGCAAUUUGGCUACAACAUUGGGGUCAUCAAUGCCCCGCAGAAGGUGAUAGAACAAAGCUACAAUGCAACGUGGCUGGGAAGGCAGGGGCCUGAGGGGCCUGACUCCAUCCCACCAGGCACCCUCACCACCCUCUGGGCUCUCUCUGUGGCCAUCUUUUCUGUGGGUGGCAUGAUUUCCUCUUUCCUUAUUGGCAUCAUCUCUCAGUGGUUGGGAAGGAAAAGGGCCAUGCUGGCCAACAAUACCUUGGCAGUGCUGGGGGGCACCCUUAUGGGCCUGGCCAAUGCCACCGCCUCCUAUGAGAUACUCAUUCUUGGACGGUUCCUCAUUGGCGCCUACUCAGGGUUAACAUCAGGCCUGGUACCAAUGUACGUUGGGGAGAUUGCCCCCACUCACCUUCGGGGUGCCUUGGGGACACUCAACCAACUGGCCAUCGUCAUUGGCAUCCUAAUUGCCCAGGUGCUGGGCCUGGAGUCCAUGCUGGGAACCGCAACCCUGUGGCCACUUCUCUUGGGCAUCACAGUGCUCCCCGCCCUCCUGCAGCUGGUCCUGCUGCCCUUCUGCCCCGAGAGCCCUCGCUACCUCUACAUCAUCCGGAACCUGGAGGGGCCUGCCCGAAAGAGUCUGAAGCGCCUGACGGGCUGGGCCGAUGUGUCCGAGGCGCUGGCUGAGCUGAAGGACGAGAAGCGGAAGCUGGAGCGAGAGCGCCCUCUGUCCCUGCUCCAGCUGCUGGGCAGCCGCACCCACCGGCAGCCCCUGGUCAUCGCCGUGGUGCUGCAGCUGAGCCAGCAGCUCUCGGGGAUCAAUGCUGUUUUCUAUUAUUCGACCAGCAUCUUCGAGUCCGCGGGGGUGGGCCAGCCGGCCUAUGCCACGAUAGGAGCUGGCGUGGUCAACACUGUCUUCACCUUGGUCUCGGUGCUCUUGGUCGAGAGGGCUGGGCGUCGAACACUCCACCUCCUGGGCCUGGCGGGCAUGUGUGGCUGUGCCAUCUUGAUGACCGUGGCUCUGCUUCUGCUGGAACGGAUUCCAGCCAUGAGCUACGUCUCCAUUGUGGCCAUAUUUGGCUUUGUGGCAUUCUUUGAGAUUGGCCCUGGCCCCAUCCCCUGGUUCAUCGUGGCCGAGCUCUUCAGCCAGGGACCCCGCCCGGCAGCUAUGGCUGUAGCUGGUUUCUCCAACUGGACGUGUAACUUCAUCGUUGGCAUGGGGUUCCAGUAUGUUGCGGAUGCUAUGGGCCCCUACGUCUUCCUUCUAUUUGCCAUCCUCCUGCUUGGUUUCUUCAUCUUCACCUUCUUAAAAGUGCCGGAAACCAGAGGCCGGACGUUUGACCAGAUCUCAGCUGCCUUCCGCCGGACACCUUCCCUCUUAGAACAGGAGGUGAAACCCAGCACGGAGCUCGAGUACUUAGGGCCAGAUGAGAAUGACUGAGGGGCCAGGCAGGGUGGCAAGAGCCGACUUGCCCACCCCAGGACUGCUCCUGUCCUCCGCAGCACUUCCCCUCUCUUCUCCGUGGCCUCCAGGGUGCAGAGAGUUCCUGCAGCCUGCAGAGCUGGGAAGCCAGAGGGCGGGCGGUUUGAGCGUCUUCUCAUUCCUCCCACAUGACUCCUGGAUUAUUUAUGUGUUGUGGUUAGGCUGUGCCCCCCCACCCCCAGGGUGGGCCAUUCUCCCCUCCUGCCUUCCUCCUGCCCUUCCUCCAGCUCAGUUCCGGAAUAUAGCGUCUCCUGUAGAAAGUGGGGUCCGCAGGAGGCGAGGCAGUGCACGGACUUCAGUGGAGCGAACAGAAGCAGAGCAGGAACUGAGACGAGUUUCUGACCACCUUUGACUCCUCCCACAAUCUGGCAAUUUCACUGAAUUCUUGCCACAUUGAC